GCUGGGCUAUGGCAGCGAGAGAGUCAGCCUUCCUUACCUGGGGAAGGUGAGGUUUGUCCAAGUACAAGCUAUUAAGCUCCCACAUUGGGAAAGGCAGUACCACCUCCUGCCAUCCGGGUGCAUUCCUCCUCCGAUCUCCUCCUGUUCUGAGUUCUCGCUCUCCUGUGGGCAUUUCUGCACUUGGACCAAGGAAGCAUCGGCCUUAACAAGUCAGAAAAUAUUUAAGAAGAAAUAUCUAUUCAUCCCUUUUGCAUCUGGAGCCUUUUUGCCAUAUCACUGAUCUCUCUUAUAAACUCUGAAGGCUUUUGAGCACUGAAGACUGGCAGACAUAAAUUCUUCUUUGAAUGUUCUUGGUCUAAAGUAGAUGUAUCCGAUCUUCUGGAUGAGUAUAAGGAUAAAAAGACUGAAGAAGUCCUGAAGAUUGAUGGAGGGCCAUGCUAUUCAAACAGCAGGCGUUGCUGAGACAGAAGCUCCUUGUGCUAGGCAGCCUUGCUAUUGGAAGUCUCCUAUAUCUAGUUGCCAGAGUUGGGAGCUUGGAUAGACUGCAGCCCAUAUGCCCUAUUGAUGGUCGAUUUGGACUCCAUGGCCAAGAUGAAAUUCCACUCCGAGCUCUACAGUUUAAGCGUGGGUUGCUACAUGAGUUCCGGAAGGGCAAUGCCAGCAAGGAGCAAAUUCGACUUCACAGUUUGGUCCAACAGAUUCCCAAGGCCAUAAUAAUUGGGGUGAGGAAGGGUGGAACUCGGGCGCUGCUGGAAAUGCUGAACCUCCACCCAGCAGUGGUCAAAGCUUCUCAAGAAAUCCACUUCUUUGAUAAUGAUGAGAACUACGCCAAGGGCAUCGAGUGGUACAGGAAAAAAAUGCCAUUUUCUUAUCCUCAUCAGAUAACCAUUGAGAAAAGUCCAGCAUACUUUAUCACAGAGGAGGUACCUGAAAGGAUUUAUAAGAUGAACUCCUCCAUCAAAUUGCUGAUCAUUGUCAGGGAACCCACAACAAGAGCUAUUUCUGAUUACACUCAGGUGCUGGAGGGAAAAGAAAGGAAAAACAAAACCUACUACAAAUUUGAAAAGCUGGCCAUUGAUCCUAAUACCUGUGAGGUGAACACUAAAUACAAGGCAGUAAGAACAAGCAUCUACACAAAACAUUUGGAGAGGUGGUUAAAAUACUUUCCCAUAGAGCAGUUUCAUAUUGUCGAUGGCGAUCGUCUCAUUACAGAACCACUGCCAGAACUCCAGCUGGUAGAGAAGUUCUUAAAUCUUCCUCCAAGGAUAAGUCAAUAUAAUUUAUAUUUCAAUGCCACCAGAGGGUUUUAUUGCUUGCGGUUUAACAUUGUCUUUAACAAGUGCCUGGCGGGAAGCAAAGGACGCAUCCAUCCGGAGGUGGACUCCUCUGUCAUUACCAAAUUGCGCAAGUUCUUUCACCCUUUUAAUCAGAAAUUUUACCAGAUCACAGGGAGGACAUUUAACUGGCCCUAAAGUAAAUUUCAUACAACACUGUGUGUUGCACCUGGAGAUAUGCCACCGUGUCUCUAUUAGAGUAAAAAAUAUGCACUUUUCGUAUACACAGCUAUCAAAGUAACCCUUUUUCAUGCAUACUUGUAUAUAUGCAGUGUGUGACCAAAUAUAAGGUGGGAUCAAUUUUUCUACAGAGCAGUGAAUAACAUAAAAUUUACUCUCUGCAUAAUUGCAUCGUUUUAUGCUAUACAAUUAAAUGAGAAGGUGUCAUUUAAAGGAAUUAACUCAGCUACUCAGUUCAAAGGGUCAGUACUCUAUUUGCUCCGUAAAAUUUAAUACCAAACAUAUCUAGAGAGAAGGCAGAAUAUUACGGUAGAAUUCAUUGCAAGAAUUGCAUUGAAAGGUCUAAGAUGGGCUAUUAUGGAUACAUAUUGCUAAAAGAAUAUUGACCCUUUAAAGGUGUAAAUCUAUGCUUCAGGCUUAUAUUGGUUUAACAGUCACUCUUUCAAAGUAACUAUGCUUCUUUGACCCUGGGCAGGGGAUCUGUAAUACAGAAUUCUCACCUGACUACUAUUUCCAGGAUUUUUUAUUGGGGGGGGGGGACCGUACUAAUUAAACUGGCAAAAAACCAAUACAAGUUUGCAGUGUAAAUAUAUCCCUUGUAAUGCUGAGUUCUACUGGAACUCUUUUCCUAUUGUUUGAAAAGAAAUUCUCUCAUGCAAUCAACAUUGUUUCAAAUUUCCUGUGGUGAGUUUGCACUAUUGUUUUUAUUGUAUGGAUCAUCUUGGCACUUGUAGCAUGUCAAUCAUGUGUCGAAAAGGAAGUCUUUUUCCCCCCUUCUAUACUUGUACGUUGACAAAGAGAAACCUGCUGUACAUAAUGUAUAUUGUUUGUAAAUACUGGUUUCACACUAAGUAAUUCUAUUUUGUAAACUGAAUAUGGCUAUUUAAUUUAUUGUGAAAAUUAAAUUUAUUGUGGUAUUUAAAAUGGAAUGGAUUAAAAUUGCUAUAUGUGCAA